AUGAUUAUUGUUCGAUGUUGGUUAGGGCAGCUGUUUAAUUGUGCUUUUGCAUCUGUUGAUACUGAAUAUAUUAUAUUUAAUCCAGAAAUGAUUGAUUUAUUAUUUGAUAAUGACAAAACAAUGCUUAAACAAUUUCACGUUAAAGUCCUCUUUCUAUACGCUCAAAAAGGAAAUCCUAAUGAUAAUUCAAUUGAAAAUUUUUUCAACUUUGGUAAUGCUAGUAAUAAUUUGUUUGAAAAUUUUUUGGACUUUGGUUUAAAUCAUUCCGCAAUUUAUAAGAAGUUUGUCAUCAUUGAGCAAAGCAUUUCAGAGCUCCAUGCAAAUAUUUUAUUCAAUAUUAUAGUAAAUGAAGGCAAAAAAUUACCUGCAGUUUGUUUCGGUUAUUGUGAUUUUUCAAGUCUUUAUGAGCUUAUUGUUGAAGUAAGGGUGGUACUUUUCCGUUAUGCCAAACAAAGUCCGUAA